AUGAAUAAAGAGAAAAGUACCUCGAACAAUGUACUCCAAGGUUUUUUCAAAGAUUGGUCAAAAUUGCUUAUAAGAGUUAAUCUGUACAAACCUCAAGAUUCAGAAGCUGAGCGAAGAUAAAUCCACUUAUAGAAACAAAGGAAGAAGAAUCUAUAUUAGCGCUCUCCAAUCCUUUAUCGUUUAACUCGCAAAUCCGAUUUCCAUCCUCCUCCCCGUAGUUUAUGGAGCGGCACCGUGGAGUUCUUCUCAGACAGAGUUGUGCGCACGAUAAGACACUAGACGCCUUCAGACGAUCAGUGACAUGGCCGUCUAGAUAACGAUCUUUCACAGUCUUAAGGAAGGAUGAGUGGCCGUGAAUAGCUGUCUUUAAAGACGACAUAGAAGCAGUAACGGCCAGUGUUAUCAAAGCAGCUUUCAUGGUUGUACCUACACCACGUAAGAACAAUACAAAACAUUGAUGAUCAUGAACAUAUGAGUCAGCUUUAUGAAACUUUACUUACUUCCAUUGGGCCAGUAUGAUAGACUUGAUUUAGAAGAAACAAUGCGGUAGUCCUAACAGCAGUUCUAUAAUUUUACUUUUCUUUAACUGACGGCGCGUCAUAUAGAUCAUUUUCAGUCACGUGAUCUCAGUUUAAUUGGCCGCCAUAUUGGUACACAUCACUUGCCUGUAAACAUAUGACCCACAAGUUGUGUUUACGAUAAAAAAAUGGUUUUCCGCGCGAAUUUUGGUUGUGGGACCCGAAGUGGUCGUGAUAAAGGAAUUAGUAUGGCAAAAAUACCUUCAAUUAUUACUAAUCGAGGAGAAGAAGUACGGAAACUUUCCACGGCCGGGUCACGGUCUACGGUAAACAUUUUAUCUCCGGAAAAACAGCUAAACUAUGGGACCGUUACGAUCCAGAUUGGGUUCCGACCCAAAAUCUAGGUAAUCAGAAAUGUGGUUCUGUCGAAAAGCUUCAAUCCGAUCUUGAAGUUCCCACCAAGCGAGACGAGAGAGCCAGAGGUCGUGAGCUGAAACGUGUUGCAGGAGAACGUGAAAGGAAGCCACGGGAAGAAAUCGAGUUCAAAAAACAAAUACUUGAUGAACCAGGAGAAAAAAGUUAUUGACAUUUCCUUCGAUGUCGAAUCAGCAGUUGGCACCAAGCUCAGCAAUACAGGCCCUUGUUUUUCAUUUUCUGAGGUCAAAAUAAAAGUUUUCCAUUUCCGCUUGUGUCGGCGCUGGCACCUCCGGUUUCUUAACGGGGCUUUCAGUGAAGACUUUCGAGUUGUCAGAAACCUGAAGUCCCUCACUGAGAUUCUCUAUCGUUUCAUCGACGUCAGCUUUCAUUUUCUUAGCGGAUUUAAAGUUAAUAUGUCGGACACGAGAGUAUUCCACCUUGUUUGCGGAACUGGGAAGUAUCAUAGGGCACCUAAUUUGCUUACAGGAAAGCCUUCCAUUAACCUUUGUCCAAGCCUCAAAGUAAAAUAGCACAUUAGCUAUGAGCGAACAUGAUUCGGCGAGGCCUGCCUUGCAUCCCAAACAAUGAGAGUAGUUUAUUGUCCCAUCCUUCGUGGUAAUAAACCAGAUUUGAUUGUAGGCCUCGAGACUGCGGAAGGCUUUGUUUUUGCAUAUAAUAGCUAGUCUCGAGAACCAAAUAGCAUAGAAAAUCAGUUGAUUCCAUUGGCGGUAAGCAAUCAGACUCGAAGCGUCUCCCAUCUAUCAAAACAGGAUUGGUUCCGAGAGUCGAGAUCUUCUUUAGAUAACGCUCUCUGACUUUUACAUCCAGUUUUUUAACGUAUUAGACAGUUGAAUUUUGACGACAUGGUCUGGAUCAGACGAAGGUAUAGCAAUUUUUUCGGUAGACGCCAUAAGUUUAAUUUUUUUCGAUUUUCGGAACUAUAAAUCUGGACCGUGUUCGCAUAUCGUGACUCACAUGUGCACCAACAUGGCGGAAAUUAAUUCUGUGACGUCACGUGAAAACGGUCAAUAGUGAGCCUUUCUGUAACUAUUUCGUCAGCUUUCCCUUUUAUUUUCCUUUUGGUUCGUGAAUCUUGAAACUAGUCAGCCUUUCCAAUUUCAAACUCAUGUUGUCCCAUUUCUCUGUACCUUUAGAUUGUUGGCUGUGAAAAGAAACUGGAUCAAUAUCAGUAUCUGGGCAACUGCCCACCUACCCUCCCCUAACCCAACACUAACCUUAACUUGUUGUCAAUUGACUGUUGUUGAGUUAGGGGAGGGGUAGGUGUGCAGUUGCCUAAAUACUGAUAUUGAUCCAAGAAACCUUAAAAAAGGCUCGAAGUAAGCAAACCAUACGGCAUUUUUUUAACUGGCUCUUAGUUUCCCUUUUCAGCAUGACCUGCCUCCUGAAAUAAUAUUUUUUCAAUUGACCUCUACUGAAUUCUUAGCACGUUGUUAAAAAGAUACCAACAUUAACAGACAAAUGUAUUUUUUUCCAAUUUAUUUAUACUUGUCUUUUUCGUGUAUCUGAUUUCUUUUAUUUUCAAAGUGUCUGUAAAUUGUCAUAAGGAGUUUUCAAACUUAGCGGACACUACGAAAAUAGAAGCGAUCCUCGCAGUUAUGAAUACUACUGAAGUAAUAGUGAAAUUAAGACCUGAAAAAAUUCAGGCCCAUACGGGAUUUGAACUCAGACCUCUGCGAUACCGGUGCAGCGCUGUACCAACUGAGCUGUUAUGUUGGUUACAAAUAAACCCUAGCUCCAUGUGGUGAGCCAGCGAACACUUUAGUCAGUCCAAUGCGUAUAACACAUUUCCUCAACUUGAACUUGUGACGAGCAAAUAGCCUAUACAUCGGCAGAAAUAUUGGACAAGAUGGCGGCCGCGCUUGCGUAUUUCGUCCAUAAUGGCGUCCAAAUAAUAUAAGAAACUGUAUGGAAAUUUGUAAAAAUUUCUAAAAUGUAUCAAUCAGGAGCUCAUGGUCCCGUCUGCUCUCGAUCGAGACAUAUUCAGUACUGAUUCUGCUAUUCAUCAAACCUCACAGGGACUCGAUAAAUAAAAACCCGUUACUUCCCGAGCCAGUUCUUUUGUCAUUGAUCAUUGACCUUGGUCGCCAUACAGUUCUUCAAAAUCCGUCGUUCUCCAUCCCAAACACUCGCCUCUUACAGGAAAGUGCAUCAAUAAAGUCAACUGCUCUCGAUCGAAUUGACUGCUACAUAGUUCGAAGCGUCCGAAUAUCCUGUAAAAUUGCCAUUUCCUCCCAUCAAAAAAGUUCCCAACGCGCCAGAAUAUCCCUUAUUUUCCAUGUUGAGUAAGUGACGAGACGCCAUGUUGAAAACUAUACCUGAAAUAGUUAAACACGAGCAACGCUGAUCUUCGAAUCGUCGGCCAUAUUUGUUUAUGUUCUUGCAGGGAAAUAAAUUAGUUCUCGGUUCUUUUCGGAAUAAAAAUAUGCCAGGCAUUGAAUACAAAUUCAGUAGUCUUAGCGCGAAAAUUAAAUUAAAGCAAAUCAAAAUUCUGACAUCAUGUCAUCGCUCUGCCUCGAAAAAUCCCAAAGAUUUACUUGUAGGCCUUCUUUUCUUUUUCUUUUCAUCAAAUAGAAGAUCUGCGGUGCUCAAAUCGUAUAUGUCAUGGUACGAAACACUCUUCUUUGCAGAUCGAGCCGUGAUUGCCGCCAUAUUGAAUUCUCUUGAUAUUCUAUUGUUCCGGAAUGUAAUACGAUAUACCACUGAUAAUUGUUAGCGGGCUCGAAAUGUCCUUGAUUUCUGGCGAUGGUAUUCGUGAUUCUCUAAUGAAAAAGAAACUGAACCAAAUUUUUUCUUCAUUUCUUUUCGGCCAAAACUCAGUGCUUAAUACGUACCGAUGCUGAUUGCAGCUCGUUCAUGAGAGUGCCUGAUGUCACUUAUCGUUGAAAGUUUCUCACUAGGAAUUGCUUAAAUCUUUAGAACUGAUGGCAUUGAAUUGCAUCUUCGAGAAAUAACUUCCGCUAGGCUUUGACUAACCCUUUUCGCCCCAACCAACGAGUUUUCAUCCACAGACUUUGAUCUCGCCAGCUUGAAGUGAUAUGUAUUUUUAGCAUCUUUGCCAUCAUUGGAUAAAUUUCUGUUCGUAGGUUUCUUUCUGGGUACACGUUCAAUAUGCACCGUGACAGUUCGAAAGACAGGCUGGAUUACCACAUGCAUGUUGUUAUAAUUUGUUAGGGCUGGACAUGACAUUCUUCUAUUCAUCAUUACAGCAUCUGGCUCUACACCUUUGCAAUUGGUGUUCAAUCGAUGAAGUGUCCCCGCUGUCCAAGCGUGUGAUAGUGAGUGGCUUCGAGCUUGUUUGGUGUGAACGAGUUCCCUGACUUCAAAUGAGGCUCGAGAACCACGGUGUACCCUGGUACGGUCUUGAAUGAAAACUGUAGGUUGAAUUUCCUGCCGUUUUCCAUACCUUAGCAGGGUUAGUGCAAUGUUUCUAUAGAGUGUGUUUCUAUAAAAAUAUAGUAGAGGAUUCACUAAAGAGUUUAAUUGAAGGAAAAUUUCUGCCCAACGGAAAAUUGAAUUCUCCCUGAAAAAUGGCAAUAUUGGUGCUAAAUAAUUUACAACGAUAAAAGGAACACUAGAAACGAAGAAGGCAGCUGUUAGCAGAAGCAAUGUAAUAGUAACUCUUCUUUCCGUUCUUGCUCUGUUUGCAGCAACCAUUUGGCUUAGGUUCCUUCGCUUCUGGUUCAGUGUUUUGAUGCCAACCAUGCCAUAGAAAAACAACAGAAGUAAAACGCCGAUAGACAAAACUGUCCCAUAGAUGAUAUCAAUAACCAGAAUGACCUCAUAACGAACACCAGUGACCUUUAGUGCUGUAAAUAUCGCAUUUACUGCAAGGGCUACGAUCCAUGUAAUUACCACAUAUCUCUUGACGAGUUUCUUGGUUAUUUUAGUCCUGUACUCUAAAUAUUUAACGAUCGCAACAUACCUCUCAUACGCAAUAAAAAUUAAAUGAUAACCUGAUGCAUUGAAAGCAGUGUAGAAAAUAAAGACGUGAGCCUCACUUGUCUUGCAUAUUAUGUUCUCUGAUACAGUUCCUUGAAGAAUCAAUGCAUCCACUAUGAUGGUCAGUGGCAUUGAAACAGCACCCACUAGGAGAUCGGCGGUGGCCAAACUUACGAUAAGAAUGUCUGAGUUUGCCUGUAACCUACGUGAUUUCUGGAUCGCCAAGAUCGCCAACAGAUUCAAAAGAAUGGUGCAUGGACAAAUGAUAGCUACGAAGGCGAUUGCCAGCUGAAGAGAGUUUCUUUCUUCUAAGUCCCAAACAAAUUGCGGAGCAUCUGGACAAAUGAACACUGAGCGGUUGCGGUUAAAAUAGGAGUGUUUAGAGACUGAAAAGUUCAUGUUGACAAACAUGCACACCAAAAUCACUGUCGAAGAACUCGUAGUCUUUAUGCGAAUGGUCGCUCAAUAACUCUUAUUUUUUCAUUUUGAAAGACAGAAAACAAAAUAUCCAGAAGAAAACUCCCUCUAAGAGUCUAAUUUCCGUUGACCAGAAUCAAAGAUGUUGAAAAGUUUUUACUUUUUUCGGCUUUUCAGAGUUUUUUAUUUUGUUCUUGUUUGAAAAAGGUCGAUUACGGAGAAUCUGGACAAAUGAACACUGAGCGGGUUGAGAUAAAAUGGAAGUGUUAGAGACUCUAAAGUUCAUGUUGACAAACAUGCACACAGAAAAUUUCUGUCAAAGGACUCGUAGUUUUUAGCGAACAGUCGCAAAAAAACUCUUAUUUUCUCGUUUUGAAAAACAAAAACAGAAAAAAAAAAUAGGGUAGAGAAGAAAAUCCCUCUAAGAGCCUAAUUUCCGUUGACGAGAAUCAUAGAUGUUGAAACUUUUUUCAGGUUUUCAGAGAUUUUUCUUUUGUUCGUAUUUUAAAAAGGUUGAUUACGGGAGAAUCUGGAUAAAUGAACACUGAGCGGGUGGAGUAAAAACGGGAGUGUUUAGAGACUCUAAAGUUCAUGUUGUCAAACAUGCGAACCAAAAUUUCUGUCGAAGGACUCGUAGUUUUUAGCGAACAGUCGCAAAAUAACUCUUAUUUUUUUCGUUUUGAAAACGAAAAAAAAAACAAAAAGGGUAGAAAAAAAUCCCUCUAAGAGCCUAAUUUCCGUUAAGGAAAAUUUUAAAUGGUGAAAAAAAAUAUUUACAAUGUCUUUGUGUUGAGGAAACGCUGAGAAAUUACUUUUUCCAGCUUUUCAAAAAUUUUCUCUUUGUUUCUGUUUAAAAGGUUAAGUAAUGAUAUGCCAAUUUGCAGUCGCUGAAAAAUUUAAAUCUGCAUCAAUUCAGAUUACCCUGAAAAUAUAUCAAUAUUGUAUUGACUGAAUUCAGAAUUUGGCAGUGGCACACUUUCAGUUGUUAAUUCCAUCUAAGUUUAGGAAAAAGAAGGAAUCAAGAGGAGAAUAUCACCUUUUUACCUUUUAACUACAGUUGAACCCCGGUGACUCGAAUUGCCAAGGAAAUUAAAAUUACUUCGGCAAAUCGGGGUUUCGAGUUGUAGGGGAUUUGAACAAAAAGACCAGAGACACUCGAUCGAUUCCAGAUUACGCGCCAUUAUUUCUCUUCGCUGGGAAGAACUGUCAAAACUUUUUGUGUAAGUGUGUAUCGACAAAAGUCUAUAUUUGAUACAAUAUUUAAAUGAGAUUUAACGUAAUCUUCCAGCGCAAAAUGUUGUGGCUCAUUAGUUCGCAAAACUGAAAAUGGACUUCGAGUUAUCGAGGGUAAAAUUACAUAGAAAGUACUUAAAGGGAAGUAAAAAUUGGUUCGAGUUAUCGGGUUUCGAGUUAUAGAGGCUAAAAUUACAGUGAAUAUAUCAGGAAAAUCCAAGGGAAAUAAAUUUUGCUUCGAAUUUGUGGGGAAUUCGAUUUAUCAAGGGUUCGAGUCAUCGAGGUUCAGUUUACUUGGCAUGAAUGAUUUUGUGCCUUUAUAAAUUUAAUCUCAACCUAGCGUUAUUCACUGUGGAUGGAUAAAUAUUACCAACUUUUCCUUGGUUCUUUUAUAGCAUUAAAACGAUGCAAAGAAAUUGGAUUUCUUCAAGCAGUUUCUUUCACGGCUGUGUGAAUUACUUUUAAAUAGCUUACGAUGAUAGUAUCCCUAAUAUUUGCCCAACAAAGCGAUAAAGAAUUUACACGUUUCGUUUAUGGUAAGAGAAGAGUUUUUAGAAGACAUGGAUCUACCCCAAUUUUGAUGUCUAAAGCGUCAAAUUUUGUUUAGCUGAAGGUUAGAAAUUUAUUUAUUUAUAGCAUCGUCUACUCUUUCCUUUUUUUCCUUUUUUUAAAUUCAUUCUUAUUUUUAUUUUUUUUUUAGUUUUGUUUAUUGGUCAACUGAUCAAAACGACUCAAAAACCAAGCCACUCUUUUUCUAACGAGCACACCAUUGCUUGCGCUUUUUAUUAACCCGGAGUUAUGUAUUCUUCGUUUGCAAUUUAUAUAAUGAGCAAAAGUUUUCGGAGCUUAAUCAUCAGCUUCUAUAUAAUUUAUUUAAGGAAAAAAUGCAACCAUUGCUUGUCAAAGAUGACCCGAAAUACAAAUUAUAGACACAAAGAAAGCGACACCGUCUUGCACGAAGAUAAAGGAAAACGAUAUUUUAUAAUAAAUUUUAAAGUGGUGCACAGAAAAGGAGUACUUUGUCAGAAUAUCAGGGUAAGAAAUUUUUUACACUCGUCUUCUUUGCUUCCCGUUUUAGCAGUUAAUGAAACACGUUGAAAUCGAUGUGAUAAAAAGAAAGUAAACCCCUUUGAGCGCCGUCCCUCAUAACCCGUGACUCUAGUUAGGACGUGAUAACAAAAAGGAAUGUUCAAAAGUAUCGAACGCUAGGGAUCAAGCACAACUAUAGCACGGUAUAUUGGCCAUUCAUGGUCAUCAGUAUAUCAGUAACGCUUUCUACAUGCUUUGACCUUGACUAUGUUUUUGCUGAUUGAUGCAUUGGAGUGAAGGCCACUACUGGAUGAGUGGAAGUUCGGCUGAGCGAAGACAGCACGCUCCUUCAAUUUUGAUAUAUGCAAAUAAGUGCUUACAGGACGGAGAUUAUUGAAGUCGCCGAUGUCAAUCUUUUUGAAGAGUAGGUCGACCGGUGUUUUUUCCCAAAUCAUUGAAAAACGUACUGCACGUGACAUGAGCUUAUCAUUUUGAAAAUGACUAGUAACAGGUGUUCAAAUCAUCCAUGCGGAGUAGGCAUGGGAUCAAGUCCACACGAAUUUUGGUGCAAUUUUUUUGAUGAGGCUCUUUCAAUGCUCGCAAUCUGAACUUAUCCAUCUGUUCUUUCAAACUCCAGAAAAGCAAAUGAUGAAGCGAAAAAAAAAAAAAGCAGAGCAGAAGAAAAUAAAAAGGACCCUUUGAAGAGAAGCCGAAGGUAUUCAUUUGGUAUAUCAUAAGUUGUUUCAAACCUCAUGAGUAUAAAAUUACAUUGAAAAAAUCCCUGAAUAUAUAUGUAUAUAUUUUUUUAUAAGUGCAAAAACAGAAAACUAGUGGGAAAACUAAGGAAUAAUUGAUUACCAGGUAAUUGUGUUCUACUCGAAAACUACUGAUAAAUGACAAGGCAAAAACGACCAAGAAAUAUUUCGAGACCACAGCCUUAUUCCAAGAAUUGUAAAUUUUCAACUCGUAAGCGAAAAACGAAUGAAUUUCUUGCAUGUGCAUGAAUUUCCUAGCAUACUUGAAUCGUUGAUUACUAGAAUUCAUCACAAGAAAAUUGUGUAGGUUUGUGAAAACUCGUUCAAAAUUCCGAAAAUAUGCAAUUUUAUAAAUAGAAUAUUCUAUUGAGCAAUACCUAAGGACGUAUUAACACUUCAAAAUAAUAUUCAAUGUUCUAAGAACGAAGCGAAAAUUGUUUAAUCGUCUUACAUUUACGAAACCGGUGUGGUAAAUUUAUCAUGCUUGAGUUGUUGUUUACUAGAAUUUACGACCAAAGAAUUGCCUAGUUUUGUAUCGAAAAUCUUGGAAAUUUUAUGAUUUUAACACAAGAUUUUCUACUGAAAAACACUUUUGAUAAAUGUCAUCACUAAGAGAUAAAAUUUACCGUUCCAAAGAGGAGUCUACAAAGCCACACUUGAAGUCAUGAAGCUCAGUUAUGUUUUUUCCUUCCAGCCACAAUUCAUAUCGCCCUUAGGACUAUGAAGCUAAUUUCGUCGUCUGAAAGAAUCAAAUGCUCAUGAAUUGUUUUGCGAAAAGAGUAUCGUUUAGCAAAUUUCAUUUUGAGCUCACAAAGGUCUAUAUAUUUCAAUAGGGAUGGAGCGGAAAAAAACAAAAACUUAAAAGGUACGUUUAAAACCUCGGUGUAAUAAAAGUAUUCAAACAUCAUAGGGAAAAGAUGAAAUUGGAUAGCAGAAAUAUGUAUUUAUUAUGCUGAUUUUAGUUAAAGGAUUUACAUGACAAAACUUUGCGAAGUAACCAAUUAAAGCUAUAAAAAUUGAUUCUAAUCUGGAUUUUUUAAUGAAAGUCUUCUAUUUGUUUUGGAAUAGUCAUGCCCCCAGAACUGCAAUACAACGCAUCACGUGGUUUCGUCCCUUUUACCCAUGUUCGUCGGUCACAACUUCUUUACAUUUUCUCAUUAAAAUUUUAUUUAAAUGCUAAUCCACCCAAUUUUUCAAGAGAUCGGCGCCCAAACUAUGGCGGAUAAUCACAAAUAAUCCAUUUCCUUAAAGGUAUUUAUUUCAAUAGACUUAUUCAUUCACGAGCCUGUGUCAAUACCCCAAAUUAAAAACAAUCUCUUGGCCAAAAUCACAAUUAUUAAUGUCAUGCUGAUAUCGAUAUCGGUAAGAUUUUGAAUAAUCAGAAAGAUACCACUUAGGUAAAAUCUCAUUUUUAUUUCAAAGAGUGCCAUGAGAAAAAAAAAGCAAGGCUAUGUUCAGAUCAGGAGAGCAGCUAUGAUAAUGAUGUUUUCAGAGUUGAACAACUGUAUUUGGAAAGGGUUUACGGAGUGACCGCUGAGGCAAACUUGGAUAUAACGCCACUGCUAUUGGAAUUCGUUAAUGAGUUAUCAGGAUCAUAGUUUAUCUUUUUUGGAACAUGGAGGUUACUGCGAAUAAGAAAAAAAUUGAAUUAGUACCUAGACUGUCUAUGAUAAAGUUUGACUGAUUAUGGUUAUUAAUCAAUCCAUCAAUUAAAUCAGAAAGUUAGUAAUUGCAUUUAAUCAAUUAGUAAAUCAAUCAGUUAGUCAGUCGGUGAGUUAGUCAGUCCGUCCGUAAAUCACUCAGUCAGUUCGUCAGUAACUCAGUCGAUCAGGCAGUGAAGCAAAAAAGUAAGUUAGUGGGUCAGUCAGUCUUUCGGCUAGUCAGUCAUUCAGUCUAUCCGUCAGCCAGUCAGUCAAUCCGUCAGCCGGUCAGUCAAUCCGUCAGCCAGUCAUACAGUCCGUCAGUUAGUCAGUCAGUAAGAAAGCCAGUCAGUCAGUCGGCUAAAUUCAAGAAUUCAAGUAUAACUUUCAGCUUGCUUGUAUUCUGAAAAGGCUUGGAUUAUUUCUGCCAUCUAAGUUGACGAUGGUAAGAACAGUAGAUCUAUUUAUACGGUGCCGGUAAGAACAAAACAAAGUCACAAAACCUACAACACAAACACAAACUUAAAACAGAAUCACAAAAUCCGCAACAUUAACACAAAACUCUACAACAUAAACACAAACUUAAAACAGAAUCAAGAAUACGCAACAUUAACACGAAACUCAAAACCUAAUAGCAAAACUUAUGACAUGAAUAUAAAACUUAAAACAUCAUCUCAAAAUCCAUAACACUAACACAAAAAUCAAAACAUAAUUACGAAACCCACAACACCAACACAAAACUCGUAAAAACACGUUCGUAAAAACGCCAACUAAUACAAAGGAUAAUAAAUGGCUUUUUUUCAUUUACCGCACGUUUGAAAACAUAACCACAAAAGUCGUCAAAUGAUUAAUACAAAGAAACUUUAAUGACCAGAAAGAUAAAUUUCUUUGUUUCAUUUACUGUACGUGGGAAAACAUAUCCGGAAAAAAUAACCACCAAAGUUGUAAUAUGAUUGAUUCAAAGAGACUUUUAAGACUAGAAAGGAAAUACAAAAAACCUUAAAUUGGCAGUAACAAAGCCUCAGUAAAAUAAUUUUUCUUAGCUUAAAAUAAACUAAGGGAAAUCUCGAAUGAAAGAGUGUUUUAUGUUCACCAAGUCCUUGCUCUGCCCAGUGGUCAAAGGCGACUCCCAGUGGCGGAUCCAGACUUCAUUCUAAGAUGGGUGACCGAAAAAUUUUCCUGCCCUUCGGGACUUAAAUUAAGGUGGGGGCUCUAAAAUAUUUUCGGCCUUUCGGGCCUUAAACGCUUCUAUUGAGUUUUUUCACCAAAAGACGACAAUCACGGAAUUUUUGGGAGUGAGGCGAAAAAGAGCGGAAAAAACCCUUUUGUCCCCAGGCUUCCCAUCCAAGUUUUGGUUUACUGUGACACGCGCGAUGUUGCAUACUGACUGGCUUUCUUGUUCUACUAAUCAUGAGCUUUAAGUUUGUGUUUCUAGCUUUGUUUUUGUGUUGCGGUUUUUGUGUUUGUGUUUCAAAAUUUGUGAUUGUUUCAAGUUUUUUAGUUGUGUUUCAAGUUAAGUGUUAGCGUUUACGUUAUACGUCUGCGUGUCGUGUUUUGUGAAAGUGUUUUAGGUUUGUGUUUCAUAUUUCAAGUUUUAUGUUAGAAUUUACGUUUCGCGAUUGUGUGACAUUUUUUGUGUCAGUGUUUAGGAUUUUGUGUCUAUGAUUCAAAUUUUGUGUUACUGUUUUAGGUUUUGUGUUCCAUGUUUCAAGUUUUAUGUCAGUGUUUUAGGUUUUGUCUUUGUAUUUCAAGUUUUGUGUUACUGUUUCAGAUUUUGCAUUUUUGUUUUAAAUUUUGUGUUAGUGUUUUAGGAUUUGUGAUUCAGUUUUGUUCCUACCUGCCACGGUACAUUUGAAUACAACGACACCUUUUUUUUUUUUUUUCCUUUCACGAGAUGAAACCGAGAACAAAAGCAAAGUACACAAACAUACCGCCCGAAAAGACAAAAACAAAAAUAGAACAAAGAAAUCAAAAUAAACAAAACGAAACAAAACAACAACAACAACAACAACAAAACCGAUAAAAGAUAAGCCGAGACGCUUUUCGCAAUCGUAGUAAUUAUUCAGCGAAAAAAGGCCAGCAGCUUUUCUUCCUUAUUUUUUCCUUUCUUUUUUUUUUUAAAUAUGUACAUCUUCCUUAAACGUUGAACGCCAAGGAUCUUACCUAAUAAAUAUAUGUGUGUACAUAAGUCCCAUAGGGUGUUAAUUAACAUAAAACAUUUCCCAUUCUACGCAGUCUACCUUGGGCGACCCUUUGAAAAUUGGUAUAAUUUUCUUCCCUAUUUUUUGAUCGGAAAAUGAAACUGUGCUCCGAUUCUUUGCAGAACAUAUAAUUUUAUUAUUGUUACAGCCUUAGUAAGAGCGUUGGGGUAACUAAUUUGAACUUGUUAUUUUUAUCAUCACUGCUGGCUUUGUUUUGUGGGCGCAAACUCGCUUGUGUUAAUUGCCCGUUGCAUUAUGAGAAAUGCAAAUAAAAAAAAAGUUUUCGUUUUUAAUAUGUUGCGUAGGAAAUAAAUCAUUCUCAGUCUUAAUUUUGUUUUUCGAGGAUGAUUUUCGAUUAGUUCCAUUUAGAAAACUAUUUUUAUUUUUAAAGGAAAAUUUUCGCUUUUGCAUCCUAGAUUCAUUCGAAUUUUGUAUCAUUUUACAAAAUUGGCUAAAUAAUCCAAACAGAUAAUGUUCAAAUUUCUCCAACAACUGACUCAAUGAAGCAUCGAGUAAACAAAAACAUGAAAUUGGAUCGAAGCGACAUCAUUCAAGAUGCGAUUGAUUUCUUGGCUUGUCAUCUUUUGCACAUCUGUGACAAAAUUUGGAUCAGAUCAUGAUCGAAGUAUUUUAAGAAGGGCGUCAAUUUCAAAUCUAUUUUCGAAUCCUCUCAAAAAUAAAAACUCUUUGCACAGCUGAUUACAUUUUAUUCAUGCAUUUGACAAGAGAAAAUUAGCACGCUAACGGAUGUAUACUAAUUUUCCACAAAGUUUCACCAUUAUUUUUGUUUUCUAUACUACUCGAUGGCAUCUCCUUUGAUAUGCCAAUCAAUUAUUUUAAAGACCAUCGAUCGACGUCCUGUUUGUUUCCCACUACUUUAGAAAAAUUAAUCACUUAAACACCGUAGGAGUGCUAAACAUAAUCAUUUCGGUAUGUCAGAAGUUUCUGACAUUUUAGAUCCUGCCUUUUUUGUCAUGUGUAUUUAAUUAUGUUUCCUCAACGAACAAAAGCGCUACAAUUGGUCAAUAUGCUAAGCAGGUGUUUUUAUUGCUGCUGAUUGGUACUUCCAAAUAAACAUUUCAAUUUUUCGGGAUGCUUUCCAAAUCGAUUAAUUUCCUCUGCGACGCGUACUUCCAUUACAUGUGAUUUCAUAUCUUCCUUGCGAUGUUUAAGAAAUGCGUUUUUUUCAUUACUCUUCUAAAGAUAUUUUUUGAGAGAAUCGUCGCAUUGCAGCCUUCAUCGAAAAACGAUCACAUUUUACCUGGUUACGUUUUUAAACGGUUUCACACCAAAGAUUGGUUAUUCUGUAUUCGGGCUUGUCACAAUGAAGCAGGUUGUAUCUCAUAUAACUACGACAGGUCGUCUGGAGGCAAUGGGCUGUGUGAACUGAACGAAUGUGGUAUUGAAGUCACUUGCAACGGUAUUGGCUCCCUUACAUUCCUGAUGGGCUUUCUCUUCCAGCAAAUAAGGAGAGGAAAGGUCAGUAAAAUCUCAAAGAGUUUCUGGUUGUAAAUGAUUGUAUCGAAUUUCUAAUUUGAUCUGUAUCUUCUGUUUUUUUAACAUUGAUACCGAAACGUGAUACAAAGUUAACAGGAAUAUCUGAAGUAAAACCAUAACACAUUCUGAAAGAAGUGAAUACAUUUCACAAGCAUUCAAAAAGGUUCAUUCCACUCUGUAUGUGAAUAAAUUUCUCAAGUUAAAGAUUAUUUUGCAUCCGCGCAACCAUAGAGACUUUGUCGUUUUCUACAAAUUUUGGUUGAUGUCUACAUAGUGCGAUUCUCUCGUUGCUAUCUAGAAGACGUUUUGGAACCUUUCUCAUUAUCCAUAACCUUGAGCUAGGUAAGUCACCGAUCUCUUGAUAAAUUUCUGCUCUCAAUAGAGGCGAGGUCGCGUGAGUUGUGAAGUGCUACUACCGUAAUUUCCGGUCGAUUACCCGCGGGUAAUCUGUUGAUUUUGCAUUAAAUCCGCGCCACUGCGGGUAAUAGGGAGGUGCGGGUUAUGUGACAAUUUUAAAUUCUUCUGGAAGUUGAAUUGAAAAAAUUUCUCACCUACCUGCGUUUCCACCUCUCAAAUGAAUUUUAUUGUAUCAAAAGUGCCACAAAGCGGCACGAAAACAUGAUGCCAACUCGAGUUUAUUUCACGCAUAAUUAGUUGCGUGACAAACAAAUUUUUAUCGGCACGCGUGAAAACAAAACCUUGAUGGUGACAAAAAUAAUCCAAGGAUAUCCGGCGCAUCAGUAACAAAUUUCCAGUUUUCACUAGCUUGAGCUAAAGAGAAUUUUCCCGUUUUAAGGGACUUGUUAGGCCCAGUAGAACAGGAGAUAUCGAUUUUUUUGAGAAAUUGCCGACAGUAAUUUUAAAUCCCAAAUGCAUCACCAGAAUGUUGAAAAUAAUAGGUGCGAAACUUAACUAAUUUCGCGCUGAAAAAGUAUUUUAACGACAAAUGAACAAUGGAUAUUGCUCAUUACGCUCCUACAUGCUAUAAAAAGGUAACUGACUGAAUAAGAAUUAUAAACCUCGAUCAUUCGCGAUAAGUGUAUCUACGAGUCACCAAUUAAGUUAAAAUGCCUGCUGUGAAACGCCCACGUCACAGUUUUACGUUUGAUUAUAAGCUUAGAGUAAUAACUCUUGCCGAUGAAAUCGGUAAUAGAGCAGCAGCAAUAAUCAAUCAAUAAAGUAUAAGCUAAUAUUGACACAGAAUUGUGCACAUGUCUGAAUCGAAAGACUGAAAUGUAUCGCCUUAAUGUCACGUUUUCGCCACCGAAAAAGUUGAAUAACAACGUGCGGGUUAUCCACCGGUGCGGGUAAUCCGUUGACUUUUUUUUUCGCCGUAUGCAAUAAUCGGCCGGUGCGGGUAAUCGGCCGUGCGGGUAAUCGACCGGAAAUUACGGUAAUUAAAUAAUUUUGUCGCUGUCAUUAGUGUUACAGGAGCUGUGUAGAAAUUCAAGAUUACAUCCCAGGAGCGGUGAGCGGUGUGUACAAAAUUUAUCCGAUGUCAAAUACUAAACCAAUUGAAGUAUACUGCGACCUCGAAAUUGCAGGGGGCGGAUUCAGUUUCCUUCCUCACAGCCUUACUCUGAGGUCAGAUGCUCAGCAGAUUGUCGAAGUUCUCUUCAAAGACAAGAAAAACGUUUUGCUGAAGUUGAAGAAAAAAGUCGAUGGCAGCGAGUGGUACACUUUGAUUCAGCCCCACCCGAAUUACGCCGACAUCGAUUUUGGCGUCUUGGUGAACAACUUCUCUGGUUACACCAAACCAAAAAACGCUUUCAUGCAGAAAUACGUAUUCCUUGGCAUCCUCCCAAAAUCAAUAGCGAAAAGGAAAACAACCCAGGGUUUCAGAUCUAAUGGCAUCAUGCUAGAGUUUUGGAACUGCGAUGCCAAUCCCAACAGCUUCUUUGCACUUUUUCCAAACCAUUAUCAUCAAUUACCACAAGAUCAUGGCAAGACGACAGGAUAUGAAAAUAGCGGAAUCGCAGUAAACUGGCGUUCCCAUGCCAAAGCUGUCACUAGUGGCAGUCUGAAAAUGCCAAAUAAGUUCUUUUUCCUGACAGAACUGCAUUUUGGUGGCUGUGGCUGCUACACCUCAAGCGACCGGUGGAAGAAGUUUGGUUAUAACGCCACUGCCAUUGGAAUUCGUUAG